CCAGCAUAUUGUCUGUUCCAGAACACCCUGCUGUCUUAGGAUGUGCCCAAUAUUUUCGGCCUCCCGAGGAUAAGUGACACAGCAGCAUCCACGUUCUGAAAACACUUCGAAUUGCAACGUCUCUCCUCCUGGCCUACCUGUGUCCCUGCUUGAGGAAUACAAACAUUAUUUGCAACCAUGUCAGGUGACAGGUGGAGAUGGACCGGCUUUGUCUUGCACUUUCUGCUCUGUGCUAUGACGUUGCCUUCUGUGGCUAGGCAGCAGCCUUCCCACGCCAAGAGACCUUUCCUUAAUUUCACUGUGGACAUGGCGGAAGUCUAUUUCAACCACUUAGUGGUAGAUGAAAGGAAAGGACACAUUUACUUGGGGGCUGUCAAUUGGAUCUACAAACUCUCCAGUGACCUGGAGGUCCAGGCCUUCCACCAGACGGGCCCGGAUAUCGAUAACCCCAAGUGUUACCCUCCAAGAAUCGUUCAGCCCUGCAACGAGCCGUUGGUCUCUACAAAUAACAUCAACAAGAUGCUCCUCAUAGACUACAAAGAGAACAGGUUGAUUGCCUGCGGGAGCCUAUACCAGGGCAUUUGUAAACUCUUGAGGUUGGACGACUUAUUUAAACUUGGGGAGCCCUUCCACAACAAAGAGCACUACCUCUCCGGGGUGAACGAGAGCGGGUCCGUUUUUGGAGUGAUCGUUUCUUACAGCAACAUGGACGACAAGCUGUUCAUUGCUACCGCUGUGGAUGGUAAGCCGGAAUACUUCCCCACAAUUUCCAGUCGGAAGCUGCCCAAGAACUCGGAGGCCGAAGGGAUGUUUGCUUACGUCUUCCAUGACGAGUUUGUGGCCUCUAUGAUUAAGAUCCCAUCGGACACCUUCACCAUCAUCCCUGAUUUUGACAUUUACUACAUCUACGGCUUCAGCAGCGGGAAUUUCGUCUACUUUCUAACCCUCCAGCCUGAGAUGAUCUCUCCACCUGGCUCCACCACCAAGGAGCAGGUCUAUACCUCCAAGUUGGUCCGCCUGUGUAAAGAAGAUACGGCCUUCAACUCGUACGUUGAAGUGCCCAUCGGGUGUGAGAAGAACGGAGUGGAAUACCGCUUGCUUCAGGCGGCCUACCUGUCAAAGGCCGGGGCCAUUUUGGCCAGGUCUCUAGGCAUCCGACCUGAGGAUGACCUCCUUUUCACGGUGUUCUCCAAGGGGCAGAAGAGGAAGAUGAAGUCGUUGGAUGAGUCGGCUCUCUGUAUCUUUGUACUCAAGAGGAUCAAUGACCGCAUCAAGGAGAGGCUGCAGUCCUGCUAUAGGGGCGAAGGGACUUUGGAUCUGGCUUGGCUUAAAGUGAAGGACAUUCCCUGUAGCAGUGCACUGUUAACAAUUGACGAUAAUUUCUGCGGCCUGGAUAUGAAUGCCCCACUUGGAGUAUCUGAGAUGGUCCGAGGGCUUCCCAUCUUCACAGAAGACCGGGACAGGAUGACAUCUGUCAUUGCUUACGUCUAUAAGAACCACUCCUUGGCUUUUGUGGGUACGAAGAGUGGCAAGCUGAAAAAGACAUGGUGGCUUAAAUCCGGCUAUUUGGGGAGACUCAGAAAUGAUUCAUUUCGGCGCACUCUGCCCUCUCUUUCUCUCAUUAAUGUGGGUUUUGAAGGAUUCGUGGAAUACAAGCCUGUCUUGAUUUUGUUUUCCAAGCUAAUAACCCAAUGCGGGAGUCAUCUGUUUCGCAGCUGA